AUGCGUCGAGCAAAGGUAUUCUCUGGCUCUUCACACGAAGAACUUGCGAUUUCCAUAUGUGAAAAGCUUGGCAUCGGCUCUCCUGCUCCAGUCAGUCUAAAGAAAUUUUCUAAUCAAGAGACUUCAGUGGAAAUUGGUUGUUCAGUCCGAAAUGAAGACGUGUUUAUAAUUCAAUCGGGCUCGACACAUAUUAACGAUCACCUCAUGGAAUUGCUCAUUAUGAUUUCAGCUUGUAAAGGUGCAUCGGCAAGUCGCUUAACUGUCGCGGGAGUAGAUCACAUUAUAACAAUGGACCUCCAUGCAUCUCAAAUACAAGGAUUUUUUAAUAAACCCGUAGAUAACCUGUAUGCUGAACCUACUAUUGCUAAGUGGAUUCAAGACACCGUUCCUGGUUAUUCGAAGGGAGUGGUAGUUAGUAAAAAUCCAGGUGGUGCUAAGAGAGUGACAUCUCUUGCAGAUCGUCUCAAACUUGAUUUUGCUCUUAUUCACACCGAUCGAACACGUAUGCAUCAUCAACAACCUAUUAAACCUUCUGUCAUCGAGGAACAUCAUUCAGAAGAUAAUAAUAGUAAUAACAGUAACACGAACGAAUUCCCUGACACGUAUAAUGUCGUAUCAGCAAUUAUAAAUAGUCGGGCGAUAGAUGACGAGGACGAAGAAGAUGACGAGUUACAUUCGCUCACGAUUAGCACCUCAACAUCUGUCACUGGAGAAGCAAUAUCUCUUGAUGAUAUGGAAUCUAGUACUAUCACGUUAGUUGGUGAUGUGGCCGGUCGAGUAGCAUUUAUAGUCGAUGACAUGAUUGAUAGAGCUGCUUCGUUCAUAUCAGCAGCAGAUCAUAUAUUCCACAGAUGUAAUGCCAAAAAAGUGUACGUGAUUGCAACACAUGGAAUUUUGAGUGGAGACAGUAUCAAGGAAAUAGAAAAUUGCCAGAGCAUUCACCAACUGGUGGUCACAAACUCAUUUCCGAUCUCGCUCGAAAAACGUCGCCAAUCUUCCAAAUUAGUAAUCAUCGAUGUUUCCGGGACCUUGGCUGAGGCAAUCCGACGAACGCAUAAUGGCGAAAGUAUCAGUUAUCUUUUUGAUACACCAGUUUGA